AUGAGUCUCAAGCUUCUGGAAGCUUUAGAAGGCGGGGCUCGGUCGGCUGGACGACAAACGCUUAGCUUUCAGGAGAAGCCAGUGACUAAAGGUUUGAAGGUGGACGCCGCUGUCGUGCUCGAUUUCAUGUUUAUCAUGAAGGAUCUCGAGAGUUUCGACAACAUCCUCAGUCAGACGACAGGGAGUGUCGCACCUGACCCAGGGGAUGAAGCCUUUCCGGGAAGUAAGAUCCUAGGACUCAUGUCAUUUUGGGGACCCGAUACAGUGUCAUUGUUUUGCCAGGAGCGAACUGAUAGAGUUUCAGUAAGGCUUGUGAAGGAAAACAAUAAACAUAUGUAUACACUUAUUCUCAAGAAUGGAAAUAAAGAAAGAUGCCAUGACCAGGUGGGAUCACUGUGA